ACCCCCGGAUCAGCGACCCCCCCUCGUUUGGAACGGUGGUCCCCAUGAGUUCGGACCUACAGGACCUCCAGGACCGGGGGGGGCUCUGUAACGGCCUGCAGGACCUGAACCCCCCCCCUGCCCCCAUGAUGGAGGCCAGCAGCAUGGGCCAGAACCACCAAACCUGCAAAUACGACCUGCUGAGCAGCGUCCCAUUGACAGACCUGGAUCUGAAGGUCCAGUACCGGGGCCGGACGGCGGCCUCCCUGCUGGUCUCCAACCCUCAGGGCUGCCGGCUGUAUGCGGGUCACCUGGAGCCCAGUCCGGACCAGGUGGAGCUGUUCGGGCCUGUCACCCUGCAGCAGGUCCAGUUCCCCGGGACCUCCGAGAUCCAGAACCAGAAGCAGAAGUUUUACACCGACGCCCUCCUGGACGUCAUGGACCGAGGCCUGAUCCUGGAGCUCUGGGAGCAGGACCUCUACGCAGUCCGGCUCUGCCAGUGCAAGGUGUUCUGGUCCGUGCCCGGGACCUCCGAACCCGGACCCCCCAACCCUCUGGAGCGCGAGAAGAAGGUCCGGGUCUUCAGCCUCAAUGACUUCUUGCAAGGCCUGAUCCUGUUCCAGAGGGGCGAAACUCCGAACCCGCCCCCCUUUGAGGUUUACUUCUGCUUCGGUGAGGACUGGCCCGACAAGAAACCCAAAGAGAAGAAACUGAUCAUCGUCCAGGUGGUCCCCGUGGUGGCCCGGAUCCUCACGGAGAUGUUCUCUGGGGAACUCAGCUGGUCUACAGACAGCAUCCGGCUCCAGAUCUCCAACCCAGACGUGAAGGACCGGACUGUGGAGCAGUUCAAGGAGCUGCAGAGGCUCCUGCAGAGCCAGCACAUCCAGGGGCCCUGGACCCCCAACGUGCCCUAGACCUGGACCCCCAACGUGCCCUAGACCUGGACCCCCAACGUGCCCUAGACCUGGACCCCCAACCUGCCCUAGACCUGGACCCCUGCCCUCUCCUGGACCCCUGCCCUCUCCUGAACCCUCUCCUGAACCAGGACCCCUGCCCUGCCCGGGGCGUCGGAUUAUUUCAAAGACUUUGAUGUCUGUAAAAGAUAAAGAGUUACAUCUGAUGCACCACACUGUAAAAGAUAAAGAGUUACAUCUGAUGCACCACACUGUAAAAGAUAAAGAGUUACAUCUGAUGCACCACACAGUAAAAGAUAAAGAGUUACAUCUGAUGCACCACACUGUAAAAGAUAAAGACUUACAUCUGAUGCACCACACUGUAAAAGAUAAAGAGUUACAUCUGAUGCACCACACUGUAAAAGAUACAGAGUUACAUCUGAUGUACCACACUGUAAAAGAUAAAGAGUUACAUCUGAUGCACCACACUGUAAAAGAUAAAGAGUUACAUCUGAUGCACCACACUGUAAAAGAUAAAGAGUUACAUCUGA